UGGCACGGGCGCCGUCCAAUGGGCGGGCACGCCAGGGCGGACCCUCGCGCGCACGUCCAAUCGGCUAGCCCCUUCCUGGGUGGGGAGGCGGGCGGAAGAGCAAGGCGGAAGCGGCCGCCAUGGAGCCGCUGGUGCAACACAUGCAACGCUUCUCCCAAGUGCUGGCCGUGUCGCGUGGGGCGGAGGUGCGCUCCUGGGAUGCCACGACGGUGCGCCGGGCGCUGCAGUGGGCGCGCUACCUGCUGCACGUGUACCGACGCUUCGCGGCGCGGGGCCGCGCGCGGGAGGCGCUGGAGAGGCGGCUGCAGGCGCGGGCCGGGCCGCCGGGGCUGCGCAGCUUCGCGGCGCUCGAGUGCGGGGACGCGCGCCUCGCCCUGCGCCUGCUGAGGAACCGCGCGCUCGCGCCCGCCGCCGCCCGCGCGCUGCCGAGCCUGCUGUUCCCGGGCCCCGCGGCCGACGCCCGGGACGACGCGCCGCAGCCGCGCUUGGUGCUGCUGGCGCGCCGCGGGAGCGCGCUGCACCUGCUGCUCCGCCUCGGCGGCCACGCGCCCCGGGCCGCGCUGCUGCGCACGCACGCGGAGCUGCUGCGCGCGCGCCUCCGCGAGCUGCCCGGCGCCGAGCCCACGGCCCGACGGGAGCUGCUGGAGGCGCUGUGGACGCGCGGGCCCCGGGAGCACGUGCUGAGCGUGGCGGCCGAGGCGCUGCUGCGCGCCGCAGACCUGGGCCUUGCCGGCGGCGGCGCCGACGAGCCGGCGGCGGCGGAAGAGACAGCGGAGCUGCUGCGGUGGCUUCUAGACAGCCCCGAGGUCUUGGCCGCUUUCUGUCGCCAGCUGCCCGCCGUGCGCCUGGCCUCCUUGGCCAGCUGCCACCCGGCGCUGUCGCGCGCCUACCUGGGCCUGCUGGCAAGCUGGGCCGUGCAGCUGCACUAUGACCUGCGAAAGGGCUCUUGGGUCCCCGUGCAGCCUGAGGACAUGACCUGGGAGGAGUUGUGCCUGCGGCUGCAGAGCUUGUGCCAGGCCCCACCACCCAUGCAGGAAGAGGUGCUAGAGACUCUGCGCGCCAGCAAAGCCCUGGAUGGAGAUUUCGAGGUUCCCGGGAUCAGCAUCUGGACGGACCUGUUGCUGGCCCUGCCCGGUGCUGCUUGACUCUGAGUGUGGGGACAUCCGGGGAAGGGAGUCUCAAGUCCCAGGCAGAGCAUGUGGACAGACCAGUCUCAGGGAGCGAUGUAGGGAUCAGCAGACAUCUCACCCAAGCCUCUGAUCUCUGUGCACAGUGUUUACAAAAUGUCAGUGUUCUCAACGACGUCCUGUACUACAUGGGCCCAGAACUCAAGAUUUAGGUGCCGGAUUUAAGUGUCUCAAUACAAGUACAGAUAGUUUUUAAAACCCUGAGUUUUCUAGAUACCGGAAAUAGUGUUACUUCCCAUCUGUUGGUGGACCCGAAAUCUUGCCCAUGUUCGGCAAGCACCACAUCCCUACCCUUGGAAGAACUCUUCAAGCCGUGGAAUUUUAAGCUUGUUUUGUAUAAGGCUAAUUUGUAUGAAUACUAAAAGUAGAUGCACUUUUUAAAGGAAAAAGCUUUAG